AUGGGACAUUUCAGCAAAGCCAAGUUCUUGAAACUUGCCAAGGGCUACUACGGCAGAGGCAAAAACUGUCUUUCAUUGGUAAUUCCUCGUGUGGACAGAGCUCUUCGGUUUGCCUACAUCGAAAGAAGGCUUAAAAAGCGCAACAUGAAAAGUAGCUGAAUAAUUAACAUUAACGCAGCCGUGCGCGAGCACGGCUUACCAUACUCAAGAUUUAUCUAUGGCCUAAACCACUCCAACAUCGAACUAGACCGCAAAAUCCUUUCAAAUUUGGCUCAAAAUGAACCAUUAUCCUUCAAAGCUAUAAUAGAUGAAGUAAAAAUCCAAACAAAUUUAGGGCUAGAAGCCAAGUCACAUAAUCUUGAAGCUUUUGACAAUGCUAUGAAAGAAGGAGUUGUCCUUGCGCCUGGGCAGCCAUUACCUCCUAUAGAAGAAGUUUAUAAAGCAGCAAAAGGAAAAGAGCUUCAAUGGAGAAAAGGAUUUGAGCCUAAAUAUAACAAGCCAAAGCUGCCGUCUCUAGAAAGAAUCAAUGAAUUAAGGGAAGUAGGGCUCUGGGAAAGUGAUAAAGAAGAAGAAAUGUAUGAAAUCCCACCUGAUAGAGUUAAGCCUGAAAGGGAAAAAAUGAAGGGAGAGCCAGAGAGAAAAGAAAUUAAAAAGCCAGAUUUAUCACAUAUUUAUGAUCCGAAGGUAAAGGUUGAGAAGCUGAAGUAUAUGCGUGGAUCUAGCAAUCAAAAUAGACAUCUAAAAGACAAGCUAACUGAAUAA